AUGACUACCAAUCUUACCCCUUCAUCAGACCUAAAGUUAGUCGUCAAAUUGAAUAAACGUCUGGCGAUAAAACCAAGAGAGGAUCUACUUACUCGCAACCUUGUUGAUAUUUACAAUGAAUACGAUGAUAAUAGGAAUCACCAUGAGAAACGAUUCAGUUCAAAGUUAGUGGCAACCAGAAACGAGCUGAUUAUUACCAAGGGAUCAUGGUGGCCAAGUGGACCAGUCGUACCGGCUUUGGCAUUCCGGAAUAUCCUCCAGUUCUCCUCCAUUCCUGGUCGUCCUGCCAAACUCCUUCUUCUAGUUAAGAAUGACGAGGGAACAAAAACGGAAUUGAUUGUUCUUAAGACUAAGGGACAAAUAUAUACAAACCAACUUCUGAAUUGUCUUCAUAAAUAUGUCAAUGCUGCUCAACUGGGUCUGGUUCAGAAUUCCCCCAAAAUAAGUACUCGCGAUUCACGCCCAAUGAGUUAUCAAAUGGAAGUAACCUCAUCCGUCAUUCCUUCUCCAAGGAUUACUACCAACUCUCCCAUGCAGAAGCGUCGGCCUCCCCCAAGUAAACCUGUUGAAAUAGUGGCUCGGGAGCCAAGAAAAGAGACAGAAGCUGAAAAGAUAAUUACGCCUCAACGAAUUCGAAAUCCUCCACGCCCUGAAAGAGUCAGAAGAUCGAUUCAACAGGAAUCCCUUUCUACAACUAAUGGCAAUCUUAAUGAAACCUACUCUCGAACAACUUACGAUCCUGAAACAAAGAUAGAAACUCUUGAUUCUGUAGUCGUAUAUGGUCAACAUCCCGAGAAAGUGUCAGAACUGGCGAAGAAAAAAUUAAAGUCGAAAAAAUCGAAGUCUAGGCCUCCAAGGGAACUGAGUUCACUUAGUGGUGGACGAAAAGUCUCAAGGGAGCUAGAUGAAAAUAACACUCCUUGGGAGGUCAAUAUAUGCUAUAUAAAGCAUGAUCCCCUUGUUGGCUGUGUAGAGGACGAGUCAGGACCAAUAUACAUGUAUACGGCACAUCAGUUAGUUUCUCGGGACGACUAUGACAAUUAUGACUCGGAUGAGAGUGAUGGAGAUGGCUACUCAGAAGAGUCAAACAGUGAGGACGCCAGCUCCUCAGAUAGCCAGAAUAGUAUGGAUGAGAACAAGGAGUUAGAGAGAUUUAUGAUGCUUGGGGGAAGCCAAAAUGUCACUGCAAUCAAUGAAACCAAUGGAAAAAAUGGUAAAUUGAAUGAAAUUUAUGAGUAUUAA